AUGUCCAUCCGUCUCGCCAGAGCAGAAGAUGUCCCUAUCAUCCUCGAGUUCAUCCGUGGACUAGCCGAGUACGAAGACGCCCUCGAGGAAGUCAUCGCUACGGAGAAAUCCCUUCUCGAAACCCUUUCAUUCGAUACAUCUCCUACAUCUCCUACUUCUACAAACAGCCACAAGAACAUCUACACCGCGCUCAUCACGCCCGUCAAUGAAACCGUCCCCGUCGGGAUGGCCCUGUACUUCUACAGCAUAUACCUUGAAGAUCUGUAUAUCCAGCCCUCUGCCCGACGGAGCGGGUACGGUCUGCGUCUUCUGGAGUUCCUUGCGGGACAGGUUAUGGCCGUGCGAGGGGUGCGUCUUGAAUGGAGUGUUCUGCGGGCGAGUCGGUCGGGGCUGGCGUUCUAUGAGAGCGAGAGGGUGGGGGCGAAACGGUUGGAGGAGUGGGUGGGGAUGGUGGUUGAGGGAGAUGCCUUGGAGAGGUUGGCAAGACAGAGAGUAGAGAGAAGAGAGUAG